AUGUUUGGCAUUAUUGGACAAGAACUGGAGAACGAAAACUGGUAUCAUGGCUCUCUUCCAUUGGAGGACGUUAUUUGCUUGGUAGCUGCGACUGGUGAUUUUCUCGUAAGAGCGCUUGAAGCCGAGGCAGGGCGCGGACCAGUGCCUUGCUUAACGGUACGCGUCGAUAAUCACAUCAAAGACUAUCCCAUCCACAGAGUUCAGCAAAUGGGUAUGCCAUUCUUCACGAUAGAUGGUGUUAACAAAGCGCCCACCGCAAUAGCCAUAGUGCAGUGA